AUGAGCGAAAACAAGGGCCAGACACAGAAACGCUGUUGGAACUGUCGCCAGCAAAAGAUUGCCUGCGACAAGACACUGCCGCACUGCCGGAACUGCCUGAAAAAGGGUCGCCAGUGCCUGGGCUACGGGCUGAAGCUGUCGUGGCCGCGCAAGGGCGACCAGAGACGGUCCGCGUCGGCACGCAAGGAGCACUAUAUCAUUCCCAUCCGGACCGGCGAUGCCAGUUUCAUCAAUGCGACGAGCGAGGACGUGAAGGCGUCGCAGGAGCAGGCGCUGAGUCGAUAUGAUGCCACGACGUUUGGAGAGGUGUGGUUUACGCGACAGCCGCAUUUCAACAUGGCGAGACUGGAUCCCUUCCUCGCUUCACACACUUGGAGUCCGGUGGCCCGGCUGGUGUCGUCCAGCCAGAGCUGCGACGACCUCUACGGACUGCUGGUCAGGAUGUCGUUCCAGGACGAGACCCUUCCGUCUCUGGCGUCGAGAUACGCCAUCAGCGCGCUGUCGUACCAGCACCUGGCCAUGGACAAGACGGCCGUGAUGCACCAGACGAGGGCGAUCCGGGCCCUGCAGACGGCCAUUGAGACGGCGGCUCCCUCGGAGUGCAUGCAGUUGAUGGCGGCAAGCAUGCUGCUGAACAUUUUUGAGACGCUCAACUUUGAGACGUCGGAUCUCAGCUGGUCCAUCUUCUUCUGCGGCACAAAACGGAUCGUCAAUCUUGUGACCAAGACGGACGACACGUUUUUUGGCGACGAGGCGCUCAUCAUUGACUGGAUCUUUUACCACGACGUCAUGUACAAGUUUAGUAUUCGGCACUGGCGCGAGAAGAACAAGGAUCAGAUCCAGCUGGCGUCGCAGAGAAAGGUGCUGUCCAAGGCGGUGUUUUCGCCCGAGAGACAAGUUAUUGCCCCCAUCCUGGGCUGCUCCCUGGAGCUCCUUGACCUCCUCUGCCAAACCAUCGACGCCGUCCACGAGCCCGGCGACCCUGAUUACCAAUCCGAAUCGCACCUCAAGCUGGUCCGCUCCUUAGAGAUCCGCCUGAAAUACCUGCAGCAGCGGCAGUCCUCCGUCGCCCCGUUCGACAGCCCCGAAUCGACGCAGGAGACCACCGUCGCUGAGCUCUACCGCCAGGCCGCCAUCAUCUACCUGCUGCGCAUGGCCAAGGGCGAGCCCGAGAGCGCAAAGUGCGUGCUGCAGGCGGUCGACCAGGCGUACGAGACGCUCAACCGGCUCGAGUACUGCGAGCGGCCGUGGCCGCUGUUCGUCAUCGCGCUCGAGGCGCGGUCGGAGGAGCACCGCAGGGACAUGCUGCGCGUGCUCAAGGGGUCGCUGGCGCGGCGGCCGCUGGGGUCCAUGGCGCUGGUCAACAGGAUGAUUCCGGACGCGUGGACGCAGCAGGACCUUCGCGAGUCGGUGGACCCGUUUACGCUUUACGGGAUGAUUAUCAGUCGCCACCGGGUGCCGCCGUGCUUUACAUAG